AUGGCCGUGAAUGGCGUUUACAUCGUGUUGGGGGAGGCGAACACUGUGAUUGCGUUGCUAAACAAGGCCAGGAGGCAAUAUCAGCUUUCACAUCAACCCCCCUCCCUUGAAGAUACGGAACCGCUUCUGCGAAAUUUCGCGGACUUGAAGGAAGUUCUCAAUGAGGUGGCUGACUUGGGUGACAUGAAUCCGUUAACUUAUUUGUCACCUUUCCUGGAUGUGAUAAAAGCGCAAAAUACAAAUGGACCUAUAACGGAAGCUGCGCUGUCAUCCGUGGCCAAGUUUUUGAGCUACGGGUUGAUUGACGCUAACAGUAUAAAAGCUUCGAAUGCUGUCGAAUCGAUUGCCUAUGCAGUUGUCCACACGAAAUUCAUCGGCGGCAAAAGUAGUGGCAGCGACGAAUGUGUGCUUUUCAAAAUACUGCUUGUGCUGAGAUCCUUGCUCCUAUCCCCACCAGGGGCUCAAUUAUCCAAUGAAGCGGUGUGUGAUAUGAUGCAGUCAUGUUUUCGGAUAGUUUUCGAACAACACCUCUCACCGUUGCUGAGAAAAGCCGCGGAAGCGACUCUAAGCGAUAUGACGCAGUUGAUUUUCACCCGAUUGCCGACUUUUCAUGAAGAUGCUAGGCAUCCGUAUAUUAGAAAAUUGGUAAUGAACACAAAAGGAGAAAAACGUCGGAGGCGACGCAGGAAAACUGAAUCUGGAGCAGAAAGCGAAAAGGAUGAUAUUGAGGUGGUUCAGCCUGCAGCAGUUCCGAAAAUUCCUCAUGUUCCCGGCGAUCUGCCUUCCAUAGAUUCAACGGAAAAUUUGAUUACUAACGAGACAACGCCACUUGUGAAGAAUGAGGGAGAUGCUGCUAGUUUAGGAUAUGACAUGGUUCUAACCACUGAUCCUCCAUGCGAUUGUGUAACAGCCCCGGAUAUGCCACCUCCUCAAGUAAAACUUGUGGAGCCAAUAGAUCGAGCUGAGGAGAAAGCCGUCGAAGCAGACAGCGAAGGAGAGGACGAUGCACUGGAGACGAAAGAGCCGCCUAUGGUAAGGCAGCAAAAUACUUCUGCCAAAGAUCCGUUGCCAGAGGAAACAGAAGAAGACAACGUCGAACAAGUUGGGAAUGCGGUCCAGUUGCCAUAUGGCUUACCAUGUUGUAGAGAAUUGCUCAGAUUUCUUAUUGCUCUCUCGAAUCCACUAGAUCGUCAAAAUACUGAAUCUAUGGUUGUUCUCGGUUUGAAUCUGCUCACUGUGGCUUUGGAGGCAGCAGCCGAUCACCUUAUGAAUUAUUCGUUUCUGAUGCCACUUAUUAGGGAUAAUCUAUGUAGGUCGUUGCUACAGCUUUUGGAUACGGAGAAACUACCAGUAUUGGCAGCAACGAAUCGUGCAUGUUUCCUCUUAUUCGAAUCCAUGCGUAGUCAGUUGAAAUUACAGCUGGAGGCGUAUUUUCACAAAUUAAAGGGCAUUGUUAUGAAUGACCAGCGUACAACAAGUUACGAGCAGAAAGAAAUGGCUUUAGAAUCAAUUGUACAACUGUGGCGAAUUCCGGGAUUAGUCACGGAAUUGUACUUGAACUACGAUUGUGAUCUUUACUGCAGCAACAUCUUCGAAGAACUGACCAAACUCCUUGUGGAAAACGCAUUUCCAUUGUCCGGACUACAUGCCCACUCGUUAAUUUCUUUGGAUGCUUUGCUCGUCGUCAUCGACACAAUAGAUCAGAACUGUGUAUGUCGUCAGGCGGCAUUGAUAGCGCCAUCUGUGGGCUCAGAGUCCAAAACAGCUUCCGCGUUAAACUUUCCUGUUCUCAGCGGAUUUCAAAUUGGCCAACGCAUAUUGGCUAGUGGAAGCGAUCUAAGCAAUAGUUCACCAGAAAGAGAUAUCCCCGAGAAUGUGUCCUCGAAGCCACUUAUGCCAAGCGCGAAUCGUCACGCUCCUUCACAUAGUUUGCCGUCAAUGGAACAGAUUAUUGAUCAAAAGAAGAGGAAAAAAAUAAUUGCUGAUGGUACUGAGCUCUUCAAUCAAAGUCCUAAGAAGGGGAUAGAAUUUUUGCGCGAGAAGGGAUUGUUGGGCGCUGAUGCAGCUAGUGUAGUUCACUGGCUCAGAACAAAUCCACAGUUGGACAAGAAGAAGAUUGCCGAUUACAUUUGCAGUAGGAAGCAUGUUGAGGUGUUGGAAGCGUUUGUGCGUUCAUUUCCAUUCGAAAACACUCGGCUGGAUGAUGCGCUGAGAAUGUUUUUGGAAACAUUCCGAUUACCUGGGGAAGCAGCGGAAAUUAGCAUGGUUAUGCAACAUUUUUCUGACCAAUGGUACAAAGCUAACAACGAACCGUUCAACCAUGCAGAUGCGGCUUUCACGUUAUCGUAUGCGAUUAUAAUGCUGAACACUGAUCAGCACAACCCACAGGUGCGACGAAACCAACCACCAAUGACAGUUGAUUGUUUCAAAAGGAAUCUGUCCGGUACGAACGGUGGAUCGGAUUUUGAUCCAGAUAUGCUGAUGACAAUGUAUAACGCUAUUAAAUCUGAAGAAAUUGUCAUGCCUGCUGAACAGACAGGACUAGUCAAAGAGAAUUAUUUGUGGAAGGUGUUACUACGACGAGGCGAAUCCUCCGAGGGUCAUUUUGAGCACGCCCCUACAGGGUGGAAUGACCACGACUUGUUCUCGAUCACGUGGGGACCAGCUGUCGCAGCGUUGACCUAUGUGUUUGAUAAAUCAGAGAAUGACGUCAUCUUACAGAAAGCACUUAAUGGUUUCCGCAAAUGUGCAUCGAUUGCUGCUCAUUAUGGCAUGAAGGACGUGUUUGAUAAUUUAGUGAUUCACCUAUGCAAGUUUAGCACAUUGAUGGGGAAUUCGGAAGGCCACGGAGACGACAAUUUGGAAAUUCAGCGGCAACGAAGUUUGAAUGAGAAUGUACCUAGCUAUCAACAUGAAAGAAUUUCCGUAGCAUUUGGAGAGAACAAGAAAGCACAAAUGGCAACGCGUACAAUGUUCCAGUUGGUGCAUGCAAAUGGAGACAUCCUAAGAGAGGGUUGGCGGAAUAUGCUGGACUGCCUCCUACAAUUGUUCCGCGCACGACUUCUUCCCUCUGAAUUGACUGAAGUCGAUGAUUUCGUAGAUGAAAAAGGAUGGGUGUCGUUAAUAAGGGAUCAUACAGUGGAUCCUCAGCCCGUACGAAGUGAAUCAGGACUGUUGUCCUGGUUUGGUCUCGGUGGUGGUACAAGUGAGGGUGAGCGAAAAAAGUUGACGCCGGAGCAGCAGAACGCCAUAAAGUUGGCACAAACUGUCAUAGCAGAAUGUCGUCCAGCUCAGUUGUUCAACGAUAGCAAGUAUUUGACUAGUACAGCACUCUCGGAGCUCCUCAGCGCUCUGAUUCAUGCAAGUCAAGCGGUAGUUGAACAAACGGAUUCUCAUAAGCCGGGUUCACCUUUGAAUGGAGAGAACGAAGAUGCAUUGGUAUUCUAUCUUGAGCUCAUAGUUACGAUUUGUUUAGAAAACAAGGAUCGUCUUUCAAUAAUAUGGCCAACAGUACGACGACAUCUGGAAUGGUUGCUUUCAACAAGAUUUGGAAGAAGUCCUGUACUUGUGGAGCGAGCUGUGGUUGGUUUGCUGCGAAUCGCAAACAGGAACCUGUUCCGAGAUAACACUGUCGCUGAUGACGUACUUCAGUCGCUCUCUCUUCUACUGCGCCUUUCACCGAAAGCAAUGUUUGUGUUCUCUCGCCAAAUUUCUUUUGGUCUGCACGAGCUUAUACGAGCCAACGCAGCAAAUGUGCAUCGUCGAGAACAUUGGGCAGUGUUAUUUGCUUUACUGGAAGCAGCGGGUGCGGCCGCUUUACCGGAAGAUGUGCAGCUAGAAAAUUCACCCACUGGUGACCGUCAGGCUUUCUCUGACGGAGAAACUAUGUCGGUUCGUCCAUCAACUGAUGAUCGAGGCUACACUUCAGAUGAUCCGAACAGAAUAGCUGCAGAAACGACGAACAAGAUGUCAGCUGGUGGAGCAAAUGCAGACAGUACUGCUUCUCUAAACCAAAGCAGAGAAUGGAUUCAUUUGGACCACAAAGAUGCUCGUAAAGCAACGGAAGAUGCGCUGAGAUCCUUAGGUGGGAACGCAGCGCGCGCAUGUGGCUUUUCUCGUGGUUCACUCGUUUUGAGAACAAAUCUCGGAAGACAUGAGCCAGCAGCGUUUUUGAAGGUGUGUGACACUUUAUCGUUUUUGCUGCGAGACGCAAUUCAUGUUACACCGGAUAAUUUUGAAUCGUGUGUUCAAUGUUUAAGGACAAUGGUAGAAGCCAGUUUGGAUGGAGGGAGGUAUGCUGCCGGUCCUUUAAGCGGUGACGCUCAAAAUCGACUGCGAAGUCUUGCUGAUGAUCGUGUGAAACGAGCGAAAACAGUGAAGAGUGGAAAGAAGGAACUGUCUACUGAUGUGGCCGACGAAGAGAGCGAGUUACGGCGAGAAGAGCAACAAUUAACAGCGAGCUACCAGCAGGUCUCAUUGCAACUCCUAGAUCUUUGUUCUACUCUUCAUAACCUUGCCCCUGGUAUACUUGCUCAAUGGGCAAAAACUCAAACAGACGUGGAUGCAUCGGUGGCUUUUGUGUGGCGAACGGUCUGGCGGCCACUAUUACAGGCAAUAGCUAGACUUGGAUGCGAUUGUAGACGACUUGUAAGAGCAGCGGCCUUGACACAUCUACAACGAGCAUUCCUUCCAACCAAUAUGAUUAAUCUUGGCGCUUCGGAAUGGGAAUCGUGCUUUGGCGAGGUGCUUUUUCCGCUUUUGGGCAAGCUAUUGGAUGUCUUCUCAGCGAUGGACCCAAUUGGAAUGGAAGACACGAGGGUGCGGGCGAUGCAAAUAGUUGCAAAAACAUUACUGAAUCAUCUUACGGCUCUUUCCACCCUACCAUCAUUUCCAAGUCUGUGGUUACGAUUACUGGAUUUCAUGGAGAAUUACUUAAGAGUAGACAGCUGCGGCAAUCUGAAUGAGGCGGUGCCAGAAUCCCUCAAGAAUAUGCUUCUUGUGAUGGCAAGCACUGGUCUUUUUGCAUCCAUCCCAGGCUUGCAUCAAAUGACCGUUAAUAGAAUGGGAAAUGUUCUCCCGCAGCUAAUUCGCGAUACGCUUCCUGCGACUCCGCCUCCGAUGCAGCCAGUUCAUCCGGAACCAGCAUCGUUGACUUCAGUUGCGUCUGCUGGCCGAGUCGGGGGAGCGCGUGUUCAGAUUGCACCUGCAAUUCCUUCCUCGACUGAGGAGUCAUCGCCGUUAAUGACGUCACCUCCUCUAGUAACGCCUACCCCAGAACCAACGCCCUCAUCGACUGUUCAACCUCCUCCGAGAAAGAGUCCUGCUCUUUCAAGCGAACAAACGUCUGUUCCUGCCACAGCUCCUGUAAAUAUACCAUUGACCGAAGUGGUUGUGUAUUCUGGCGCAGCAUCACCGGCUUCAGUUCCUUCUCCUGUUGCCGAAUCACCGCCAUGCAGCACUGCCUCCCAGUUUAGCAUGAUGUCAUCGGGCGGAGAAGCUGGAUCCCCUCCGCAAGCAUCUGCUACCGUUCCUCCGUCAUAUCAAGCUCAAACUGCGCAACAACCUGAGAUGCAGAAUCCAGCAUAUCAACAACUGUUGCUGCAUCAUCAACAACAACAACAACAGCAGCAGCAACAACAACAACAACAACGCCAGUUACAACAACAUCAUCAUCAACAACAGCCAACGUCAACGAUGACACCGCCACCGGCACUAGCACCUGUACCCCAAACGCAGCACGCUCAACAACAACAGUAUCAACAGUAUGCAAACUACGCAGCAAAUUAUCAUCCAACAGCGGCUGCAACAUACGCACAUCAUCAGCAAUAUUUACAACAACAACAUCAACAAUACAUGCCACAAGCGGAUCUAGGAAGAGCGUUUGCCACACAUGUGCCACCUCAAUAUCCGCAACAGUCAGCCGUCCAUUUUCAACAGUACUCCGUAACAAAUCCGCUACCAAUGCCAUCAGUACCAUUAGUAACAUCACCGCACAGCGCCUUCACUCAAGUGACGGACUCGGUAGGGAAAGAGAUGCAACAAUCGGCUUACGUCCCUACGCACCACCACUCAUCUUACCACUCGACACCUCAACUUCCUCAGGAAAGGCCGUAG